UCCUUGCUGCCUCUUCUUUCUCUAGAACAGUACCCGCCAGGCUUAAGUGCUGGUGCAUCAACCUGCAAGUGUAGGGCAAGAUAUUUUGGUGUUAUGAAUAUAUUUGUAGAAGUGAAUUUCUACUUAUUUGGGGACUAAUUAUCUUUCUAGACUCAAACCCUAGGUGCCUCUCACCCCGGCCCGUAUUCUCUACCUUCUGCCAAGCAUCUCGGUAAUUGCCACCAUGAACCCCUAUGAUCGCAGAUAUGCCGAUCCCAACUCUUACCGCCAGCGUCGCAGCGAUCUAGUUGGUCCACCGCCGUCGAUGCCUCCACCUUCGCUGGCAGUGUGCGGUGGGAUGGGCACCGCCGUCGCUGCGGUUCCUUAUGGCCGUGGCGGACCGCUUCCCUACAGAGGCGGAGGCCCUCAUCCUCCUUUUGCGGGAAGAGGGCCUGUACCAGCUACCGGCCACGCGUACCCGACGUUCCAGCCACCUGUUGGCGGUUUUAGCAUCGGCCGUGGUGAACGUGUGGCCAAUGGUCACGUUGGGGACAGGAGGGGUGGUCGCGGUGGCUUCAGCGGAAGAGGCCGUGAAGGUGUCCGAGGUUCCGAAUCGGGCUCUAGAGGAAGAGAAGGAUACCCUGGAGGUGGUCGAGGUGGUGGUAGAGGAGGUAGUCGUGGUGGUUCGGCGAGAGGGGAGUUGGACCGCGUGUCUCUUCCGAGGCCGGAGUUCGGGAACUUGGUUCCUUUUGAGAAGAACUUCUAUGUUGAAUCUCCUUCAGUUCGUGCGAUGUCUGAGCAUGAAGCUAUGAUGUACCGUGCCAAGCGGGAUAUUACAGUUGAAGGGCAUGAUGUUCCAAAGCCAAUCCGCUUGUUUCAAGAAGCAAAUUUUCCGGAUUAUGUUCUCGAAGUAAUUGCAAAAUUGGGUUUUCGUGAGCCAACACCAAUUCAGGCUCAAGGAUGGCCAAUGGCUCUUAAGGGCAGAGAUUUGAUUGGCAUCGCUGAGACUGGCUCUGGGAAGACAUUGGCAUAUCUGCUACCAGCUUUGGUACACGUUAGUGCGCAGCCUCGUUUGGUGCAAGGUGAGGGCCCUAUUGUAUUAGUAUUAGCACCAACAAGAGAGUUGGCUGUUCAAAUUCAAGAAGAAGCCGUGAAGUUUGGAUUAAGAACUAAUAUUAAAACUACUUGUAUAUAUGGCGGUGCUCCUAAAGGACCACAAAUUCGUGAUCUUAGACGAGGUGUUGAAAUUGUCAUUGCCACCCCUGGUCGACUGAUUGAUAUGUUGGAAGCCCAACACACAAACUUGAAAAGAGUGACUUACCUUGUGUUGGACGAGGCAGAUCGAAUGUUGGAUAUGGGAUUUGAGCCUCAAAUAAGGAAAGUAGUGUCUCAGAUCCGACCAGACAGGCAGACAUUAUACUGGAGUGCCACAUGGCCAAGGGAGGUUGAAUCUCUAGCAAGGCAAUUUUUACGCAAUCCAUAUAAGGUAAUCAUUGGAUCAUCAGAUCUGAAAGCAAACCAAUCUAUUAACCAAGUUGUUGAAGUUGUAACUGACAUGGAGAAGUACAAUAGGCUGAUAAAUCUGCUUAGAGAAGUGAUGGACGGGAGUCGAAUUCUCAUAUUUAUGGAAACAAAAAAAGGGUGUGACCAAGUUACAAGGCAGCUGAGGAUGGAUGGAUGGCCAGCUCUGUCCAUUCAUGGUGAUAAAAACCAGGCUGAAAGAGACUGGGUGUUGGCUGAAUUUAAAAGUGGCAGGAGCCCUAUAAUGACGGCCACUGAUGUAGCUGCAAGGGGUCUUGAUGUGAAGGACAUAAAAUGUGUGAUCAACUAUGAUUUUCCAUCCAGCCUUGAGGAUUAUGUCCAUAGGAUUGGUCGAACUGGUCGUGCAGGAGCUAGGGGAACUGCCUUUACCUUCUUCACACAUGCCAAUGCAAAGUUUGCUAGGGACCUGAUCAAGAUCCUACAAGAAGCAGGACAGAUUGUCCCUCCAGCAUUAUCUGCCUUGGCUCGGUUAGGAGGUUCCAGUUUUGGAGGAUCUGGGGGAAACUUUCGGAGCAAAGGACGAGGGGGAGGGAGUUUCGGGAACCGGGGUCUGAUAUCAGGAUCCAAUGCUGUCCCCCUUGGUGGAAAGAGGCCAUGGUAGAAUGUCCAAUAUCGAAUUACAGCCACAGAGGCCAGAGUAAUGUUUCAUUCUCUGAUGUGUCCGCUUAAAAUUUUAUAAAUGGUACAAAAAGUUAAUGUUUUAGGGAGGCAAAAAUUUUAAGGUAGGCAGUGCUGGCAGUGUAUUAACUUUUGACCUUAGAUGCUGGUGGAGGUGCUAUCUGGGAAUGGGGUUUGAUAGCUUCUCUAUUGUACAAUUGAAAUCAGAAAUGGAAAUGGGUUCUCGAGUCACUUGCAAUUCAACUUUAAA